AUGAAGAGGACUGUUGUGAUGCCUGUGGCCAAAGAGUUUGAUCCAGACAUGGUCCUAGUUUCCGCGGGAUUUGAUGCAUUAGAAGGCCACACCCCUCCUCUGGGAGGGUACAAAGUGACAGCAAAAUGCUUUGGUCAUUUGACGAAGCAAUUGACGACAUUGGCUGAUGGACACGUGGUGUUGGCUCUAGAAGGAGGACAUGAUCUCACAGCCAUCUGUGAUGCAUCAGAAGCCUGUGUAAAUGCCCUUCUAGGAAAUGAGCUGGAGCCGCUUGCAGAAGAUAUUCUCCACCAAACCCCGAAUAUGAAUGCCGUUAUUUCUUUACAGAAGAUCAUUGAAAUUCAAAGCAAGUACUGGAAGUCGGUAAGGAUUGUGGCUGUGCCAAGGGGCUGUGCUCUGGCUGGCACUCAGUUGCAAGAGGAGACAGAGACUGUUUCUGCCUUGGCCUCCCUGACGGUGGAUGUGGAACAGCCCAUUGCUCAGGAAGACAGCAGGUAA